AUGUCGGUUCUAAGUGGGCAAGGCAGACACUUCAAGAAAAAGGCGAACCAAUGGGAAUCUGACUCAGAAAGUGAAGAAAACCUCCAAGUAAGUGUUCCCGACGAUGGUUCUCCAAACGGAACCUCAGAACCAGAACCUGUUGCAGAAGAACUCAACAACACCGAUUUCAAUGAGUUAAGAAAUAUAUCUAGAAAUAAGUACUUAGAGCAAAGACAGCAGCUGAAAAUAAUAGAACUAGGCCAAGAAAUAAGAGAAAUUGAGGCUAAGGUCGAAAGUUAUGGAAUCAACCUGUUAUCGAAAUACGAACAGAACGAGUUGACCAGAAAGAGAAAAAUUUACAGCUUGGUAAACGAGAGGGAGAAGUUGAAAAGUGAUGUAGAAAGCGUAGAGUACCAGUUGCCGGAGUCCGGUAUGGAGAAAAAGAGAAAAUUAGAAAUCCUUCACAAGAAAUCAGACGUUGAAAAGGAUGAUAAACCAAUCAGAAGAGGUAAGGGUCCAGGUGACCCAGUAUUACCAAAAAGGAAUAAGUUUGAAAAUCAAUGGGAGGAGGAACAGUUUAAAAGAGCUCAAGUUGUAGUAACUAAAAACGGCCCAGACGAAAUCGAUCUCCCUGACCAAAAUAAGUACGAGUAUGUUUUCGAUGAAUCACAAUUUGUACAAUUCAAUGUGGACGAUGAGACGGUGCUACAAGGCGAUAAAAAUAACUACGCUCAACAGCAGGCAGUCACUGAUACUGUAAUACGUACGGGAAGGGAAAAAAUGUCAGCUAUACGACAAUCUUUACCGGUGUUCCAGUAUCGUGAAAAGUUCCUCGACCUAAUUGAAGCUAAUCAAAUUCUCAUCGUUGUUGGGGAAACUGGUUCAGGUAAAACCACCCAACUCCCCCAAUACCUUAACGAGGCUGGCUAUUCGAAGAAGGGAACCAAAAUGAUUGGCUGUACACAACCAAGAAGAGUUGCAGCGACAUCCGUGGCAACUCGUGUGGCAGAGGAAAUGGGAGUGAAGCUUGGAGAGGAAGUUGGUUAUAACAUUCGUUUUGAAGAUGUUAGUGAUCCGCAAAAGACAGUUGUCAAAUACUUGACAGAUGGUAUGCUUUUAAGAGAGUUUUUAACAGAUCCUGAACUUUCUAGUUACGGUGCCCUCAUGAUCGAUGAAGCUCAUGAGAGGACUGUUUCGACUGAAAUAAUAUUAAGUUUAUUGAAAGACAUUUUAGAAAUUAGGAAAGACUUGAAGUUGAUCGUUGCUUCUGCUACAAUCAAUGCCCAAAAAUUUUCAGACUUUUUUGAUGGAGCUCCUAUCUUCCAAAUCCCUGGAAGAAGGUUUCCAGUGGAUAUCCAUUACACUAAAAACCCAGAGGCGAACUACAUUCAGGCUGCAAUAACCACAGUUUUCCAAAUUCACACAACUCAACCUAAGCUUGAGAAAGAAGAAGGUGGUGAUAUCUUAAUCUUCCUCACUGGCCAAGAUGAAAUUGAAACGAUGCAAGAAUCUCUUGAAGAAGCAGCUUCCAAGCUUGAGGUUAAAGAUCAAUUAAUGAUUUGUCCCAUUUAUGCAAAUUUACCUCCCGAUCAACAGCAAAAAAUCUUUGAACCCACUCCUCCAAAAUGUCGUAAAAUUGUACUUGCUACAAAUAUUGCAGAGACUUCGAUUACAAUAGAUGGAGUUUCGUACGUCAUUGAUCCUGGUUAUGUAAAGGAGAAUGUGUUUAAUCCAAUUUCUGGUAUGGAGAGUUUAGUAGUAGUUCCGUGCUCUAAAGCUUCUGCGGACCAAAGAGCUGGAAGAGCGGGCCGUGUUGGGCCUGGAAAAUGUUUCAGAUUGUACACCAAAUGGUCAUUCUAUAAUGAAUUACAAGCAAAUCCGACCCCAGAAAUAUUGAGAGUGAAGCUCACUUCUAUUGUUCUUCUUUUAUUGUCGAUUGGUGUCACAGAUUUGAUUGGAUUUCAGUUCAUGGACCCACCAAGCCCUGAAACUUUGAUGAAGUCAUUUGAGCUUUUAUACGCCCUAGGAGCAUUAAACUCUCAAGGGGGAUUGACUAAAAUAGGAAGGAUGAUGAUUGAAUUUCCAAUAGAUGUCAUGUUCGCAAAGGCAUUAAUUAGUUCCACCAAAUUUGGUAUUAGCUCAGAAAUCCUCUCAAUAAUUUCAAUGUUAAGUGAAAGUUCCAACCUUUUUUAUAGGCCAAAGGACAAAAGAGAAGCUGCUGACAAGAGGAAAGAAAAAUUUCACCGAGAAGAAGGUGACCACUUCAUGCUUUUAGAUAUUUGGAAUGAAUGGGUUGACGUUGGGUAUUCCAACCAAUGGUGUCAAGAUAACUUUUUGCAGUACAAGACACUUAAGAGAGUGAAAGAUGUUAGAGAACAACUCAAAAGACAAUGCAUCAGAGCAGGUAUUAGUGAUGAGACCACCGAAGUAUCCAAAAUGCUGAAAAAGAACAACAAAAUCAUACAGAUUCAAAAGGCUCUCACGUCUGGGUUCUUUCCGAAUGUCGCCAGAUUAUCAAAGAUGGGAGACUCCUACAGAACAUUGAAGAAAAAUCAAGUCAUCUACAUCCAUCCAUCUUCAUCUUUGUUUCUGCAGAAACCACCUCCAAAAUUAUUACUUUACCAUGAGCUAGUACUUACCAGUAAAGAAUUCAUGAGAAACUGUAUGACUAUUGAUGUUUCUUGGCUAGGUGAACUUGCUCCUCAUUAUUAUAAUGAAAAGGAACUCGAUGGAACAGGAAAAGUUAAAUAG